GAUGAAUGGAUUCGAUCGAACAUUAUGCUUCGUUGGCAACUAUGGCUACUACGGCGGACUCCGUCGCGAGCCGCGAGGGAGUAGGUCCAGGCGAAGGAAAUCCGAUUUGUAUGGCGGAGAUAGUAUUUUUUCUUCACUUCUCAGCCUCAUAGUUGCUUCACUCCGAACCAAGUGCUUCUGCUGGCUGCUGGUUCUUCUUCUUCUUGUUCUUUCUCUUUUUCCCCGAGGUGAAGCUGAGAUGGAGUGGGUAGAUUUGUAGUGUUUGUUUUGGAUUGCUUUGAGGAGUUGGAGUAAUGAAGCAUCUAUUUUCGUUGAUAAAUGGGUGGGCAAAGGGUCUGUAUUUGAGCAGAGGGUGGGGGGAGGCGGUGGAGGAGGGAAGAGAAGUGGCGGAUGAGCUGUUGAUGGAGGCAAGGAGGAAUAAUAUGAUACUGAAGAAUUCGGGAACGGUUUGUGGAGAAGGAUCGAAUUGCUUCGCGGCGGCUUGCUCGCAGAGAGGGGAGAAAGGGGUCAAUCAGGAUUGUUCUAUUGUUUGUGAGGAAUUUGGAUCCCAAGAAGACAUGAUAUUCUGUGGGAUAUUUGAUGGUCAUGGUUCUUGGGGACACUACGUGGCUAGAAAGGUCCGGAAAUCCCUUCCUGCUUCUCUGCUAUGCAACUGGCAGAAAGCUCUUGCUUUGACCUCCCUUGACGGUAAUAGUACAAGCAUCUGCCAUUCCGAAAUAUGGAAGGAGUCAUUUCUAAGAUCUUGUGCAGCCAUAGAUAAGGAGCUCAAGGAAAAUCCCAAGCUAGAUUCCUUCAAUAGUGGCACCACUGCUCUGUCUAUUGUUAAACAGGGCCAACUAUUGGUUAUAGCUAAUGUUGGGGAUUCCCGUGCUAUUAUGGCAACCAGAGCUGAUGAUGGUCGCUUAGUUCCUGUCCAACUUACCGUUGAUUUCAAACCUAAUUUACCACAGGAAGCUGAACGAAUAACUCACUGCAAUGGUCGUGUGUUUUGCCUGCGAGAUGAACCUGGUGUGCAUAGGGUAUGGCUACCCAAUGUAGAAAUGCCUGGGCUAGCAAUGUCAAGGGCUUUUGGAGACUAUUGCGUCAAAAACUUUGGGGUCAUCUCUGUUCCUGAAAUCACUCAAAGGCUUAUAUCUGGAAGAGAUCAGUUUAUUGUACUUGCUACGGAUGGUGUUUGGGAUGUAAUCUCCAAUCAAGAGGCUGUAGAUAUUGUUUCCUCAACCAAAGAUCGAAGAAAAUCAGCCCGACGGCUCGUCAAAUGUGCAGUUCAUGCAUGGAAGCGUAAGAGGCCAGCCAUCGCACUUGACGACUGCUCUGCAGUAUGCCUCUUCUUCCAUUCCUCCCAUCCUGAGCCUAUCUAUUCUACCAUUCCUCCAAGUUCUAGAAAGGCAUAGCAAAGAUCAGAGGUACUUCAUUCAUGUUCUUCUCUGUAUGCUUCCUCCUUCAUCCUGACAUGAAUCCUCCCAGUGUUAAAUCUUUAUCCUGUUGUGAUAAAGCAGAGGAUUAAUGUUCUUUUUUGAUGUUCCAUAAUAAUUUUCAAUAAUUGCUGAUAGUUCUAUGUAGUGGUUACAGAAUCUCCUUUUCCAUUUUGCUUAGUGGCUCUUUACAAUAAA